UCCAAUCAAAUGAGUAAGUAAUAACAUCUAAUGUUGGAAAACAAUGAUAAGAAUAAAAUUUAACGCAGAUGAAAAUAUUAGCUGUCCUGAGAACGAAUCCAGUGAUUUCAAGUUAAUUGACGACAUGGAUACAAGUGUUCCGACUUGCUCUGCAGAUCCAAAUACCCUUGAAUUUUGUGACGAGGUGGAUUUGUUAGGUAACUUGGUACAAAAAACUUUUUGUUCUCAACUAAUUGCUUCUUUUUAUAGAGCCCUUUCAAGAUAGUGGAAGCGAAUAUGCCCCAGACAAUGAAUAUUCGACUGACUCCAGCAUUUCCACGCCAGCACACAGUAUUUUGACACCUCCUCAAAAGAAUAUUUAUGAUCAUAACCAUCAGUACGACACUCCCGAAAACCUGAAAACCAAAUCUGGAAGAAAGCGCCCCAUCAAUCAAAAACUUUGGAAACGGAAUCAAGCCAAACGUUUAAAAAAUUCAGGAAAACCUUUCACUUCUUCAAAAGGUGUUUCAAGAGAAGAAAAACGUAUGCUGAAAGGAUGUGGAGACACUUGCAGGAUGAAAUGUGAAAGUAAAAUUUCAGAGGAGGCCAGGUAGAAUCUUUUUAAAAGCUUUUAUAAACUUGGAUGCAGAACAAGGCAGUGGGACUUUUUGUCAAGGCUUGUUGAAAAUAAUGAUAAAAAACGAACUCUUGUUGGUGUAACUUCAAAAAGGACAUGCACUAGAAAGUAUAAUUUAGUUUUCAUUCAAGAUAAUAGUGAACACAAAGUCCAAGUUUGUCAAAAAAUGUUUUUGAAUACGUUUUCAAUCUCUGCUCAAACGAUCCGGACAGUUUUUGAAAAGAUUGCGAUGAGUAAUGGAAUAAUCCUAAGUCCAGAUAAAAGAGGGCAGCAUUUUAGGCCAGUAAAUGAGUUAAGAGAAAACUCAAAAAUGUUUGUAAAGGAACACAUUGAGUUAUUUCCGCUAGUAGAAUCACAUUACUGCCGAAAGGAUUCGAACAAAAAAUACCUAAGUAAUGAAAUUAAGUCAGUUGGAGAAAUGUUUCGUCUUUACGAAGAAUGGUUUGAAUCUAGAGGUUAUGAUUUAAUAAAUAAAGUAACAUUAAGGCAGUAUCGUGACAUCUUUAACUUUAACUUUAAUUUAAGUUUUUAUGUUCCAAAGAAAGAUCAAUGCGAUUUCUGCUUGAAAUACGAAAACAUGACUCCUGAAGAAAAAAUAGCAUCAAAAUUUGAAAAUGAUCAACAUUUGUUCAACAAACAAAAAGCUCGAGAGUUAAAAGAAGCAGACAAAACAGCUGCACAAGCUUCAUCAGCCACUGUUACUGCUUGUUUUGACUUCGAAAAAAUACUUUCCACUACUACUGCCAAUGCAAGCUGCUUUUAUUAUAAAAGAAAACUAGAAGUUUAUAAUUUCACGGUUUAUGAACUUGCCUCUCAUGAAGCCAAUUGCUAUGUUUGGGAUGAAACCAUCGCCAAAAAGGGGUGUGUAGAGGUUUCAAACUGCCUUCUUAAAUUUAUUGAAGAAUACGUGACAAAAGGUGUACGAAAUUUCCAUUUUUGGUCAGACAAUUGUGGUGGACAAAAUAAAAACAAGGUUUUGUUCGGUUUUUUUGGAUGGGCAUCCAAAAACUUUAAGGUAAACAUCACACAUAGAUUCUUAGAGAAAGGCCACACCCAAAACGAGGGCGAUAGUGUACAUGCAUUAAUUGAAAAAAGUCAGAAAAAUAAAAUAGUCUACACACCAAUCCAAUGGUAUUCAAUUAUUAGGAAUGCAAAAACUAAAGAACCGGUUUAUAAAGUAACAGAAAUGAUACAAGAUGAUUUCAAAGAUUUUAAAACUUUUUCAUAUUCUCUAAAUUGGAUAAAAAAUACAGGGGUGGAAUCGGCUAAGUCUAGCUGCAUACAAAAGUGUUCUGCAACAACAAAAACCAUCCUGCGAUGCUGUGCACAACAUCAGGAGGAAUGGAGCAAUUAUAAGUGGAGUAAAAGUACACCAAAUGGGGUAACCCAGAAAAAUAUGCAAUAUAAUGCGAGAACAUAG